UAAUGAGCUUUAUUGAUAUUAUGAUAUUCGAUCUCCAUUAUUGGUUCUACAUAGUUAGUGUUUUAGUGAGUAAUCCUCCCUAAUGGAGGAACGUUCAUUAGCAAUCUAACACCGUAGAAUCUCGAAAGAUAAGUAUUUUCUUUGUGAGUGUUUAUUUUAGUAUGGAUCACCCUAAUGGUGGCGACUUUAAUAGGGCUUAAAGAGUACGAAAUAAUGGUGGAAGCUCAUAAGAUAGAAUUGCCUUGACUCUCGCCUAAACGGGACAAUGCUGAAUUCUUAUCUUGAUCGAAUAAAAGGUUGCUAGAAUGUUUAUCAUUUUAGAUGAGAUGACAACUCUAUUCAAUGAAUGGUAUUUUUGACUCUCGCCUAAACGGGACACUGCAUCAGUUUGUUGAAAACCUUGGAAAUUAUUUAAGUCUGUUACUUUAGUAUUUUCGCUUACCAUUCCUAUUUGCUAUAUGCUAACAAUUUCUGAAUGAGAUUUUGUUUUAAACCUUACUUGAUUUCUAUUUAUUGUUAUUUGUAGUAUCCCACAUGACAAUGACCAAUCCCAUGUUGUCACUAUUGACUGAUAAUAAGCUGAGUGGAUCUAACUUCCCAAAAUGGAAAGAGAACAUUAACAUUGCUCUCAUAGAAAGUGCCCUAUUUGUGUUAACUGAACUGUCUCCUGGGCAGCCGGGUGAUAAUGCAACCAAAGCUGUAAAGGAGAAGUACGAGUGUUGGCAAAAUGCCAACGACAAAGCUCGAUACUUCAUACUUUCUAGCAUGGUAGACACCUUGAAAACAAGGUUUGUAAAGACUGACAUAACUGCAGGAAUCAUGACUGAGUUAACUAAUCUAUUCGGUAUGGCAUCAAUCCAAUCUCGCUUUGAAGCGACAAGGAAGUUUAUAAAUGCACGGAUGAGUCCUCAUCAGAAUGUGCGUGAUCACCUUCUCCAGAUGGCAAGUUAUUUCCAGGAAGCUCAGAAUCAUGGAGCCGAAAUGGAUCACACGACUCAAGUUAGUUUAAUCUUGAAUAGUCUGACUCCAGCUUUUCUGCCCUACACUUCGAAUUAUGUCAUGAACAAGAAGGAACAAGACUUUCACACCUUGGUUAACGACCUUCAGACAUAUGAAAAUUUGAUUGGAGGACCGUAGAAAAAGGGACCGAAAGCUCCUAAUUCUGGAAAUGGUAAUGGAGCGACUAAAGCUGAGGCAAACUUUGCCUCUACUUCCAAACCCAAGAACAAGAAGAAAUGGAAGAAUAGAAAAAAUCUUGUUCAAGCUGUGAGAACAGUUAAAAAGAAAAAGGCUGCUAAUCCUGGUAAUGCGAAAAUGCUUCUAUUGCAAUGAAAAAGGCCACUGGAAACCCCAGUGCCCUAAAUUGCUAGCAAAGAAACAAGCCUCAACUGCUUGAACUCGGAUGCUAUCUUAGUGAGUUGAAUCGGAUAGUUGGACAGAAGGGUGGAGAUAGUAUAAGAUGAAGAUGAAGCUCAGAAUCUUCUUCAAUUUUUUUUGAAUUAAUUGUUUUAGUUUAAGAACAAUUUGGAUUUCAAUUUUUAGUUUGAGAUUUUAUUCCCUAUUUUUCAUAUUGUUGCAGACAAUUCCUUUAAUUUUGGAGAAUUUUAUAAUAAAGUUUUCUAUUUUUGAAA